AUGAGCGCCCAACCCUCCGUGCCGACUCCGCCGGCUUUGGAAGGAGAGGAGACGGGGCCGAACUAUGGGCAGGCACAUCAAGAAGCACGCGAACAGGCAGCUGUUGAGGAUCGUGGGGAGAGACAAGCUCUGCAGAACCGGCCACAGCUGAAUGGAGUGGAUCCUUGGAGGGAAGAUGUUGUUCGUGAAGGACCGCUGAGGGCGGAACCACGGAUAACAGGGCCUCCCGACGAGGGUCGCAACCAUGAACAGAUGAGGCGAGAACACCCUCCUCGAGAUGAGGAACCGCAUCAGGCCGAGAGGACAGCCGCUACCACCGCCGCCUAUCUCAACGGCGGCUUCACCGUCACCAACGGUGCGACGAAUGCCGUCGCCUCCGCCACCUCCACCACCGGUACCAGUGGAUGGUUCGCCUUGGUGACCCGCAGGUGGCAAGAUUUGGGAGGUUCGAAAGGGAAGCUCCACUUCUAUACCGCCCUCCAAGCUCUACAUCUUCGCAGGAAGUCCAGGCCGAAGUACAGCGGCAACUUCGAGACUAUGUCGAGCGGCAUGACGGGGAGGCUCAGCGCUUGA